GGCCAACAUUGUUCUGCGGCUUGGCAUAGUCAAAACAGACUACACCCGAAACUUGAUUCAUUACCUUACCUAGUACUUAUGAGGAGUAUCACCCACGAUACCGAAAGCGAGCCUGUAGUUCAUACCCAGCAUGUAUGCUGCGCGGCAUAAUCAAGAGAAUCUUGCACAUUCUCGUCAGGUCCCCACGAAGCAAGCACCAAGCAGCAGAAGUGCCCGAUUCGCAGGAACUCCCUGCAACGAUGGCUACGAAAACGCCAAACCAAUCCUACGUAGUGGCAAAGGCCGGGAUUUUCCUAAGACGCCCAUGCAAGGGCAAGCAAGAGCGCCCUUAGGAGCCAAAACAACGAAUGCGAAUGUCAAGACAGGUCAGCCUGCUGGCGAAAAGACGGUUUUAGCCGGCAGCAGAAGCGCCGUUACCCAAAAACCAACGACAACAAAGAAACAAUCCAAACCAACGCUGGCAGUAGAACGAAAGAGCAUCCUUGUUAUACAAUCGGACGACGAAGAGCCCGAGUACGCGCCGCCUCGACCUUUUGAAGCGCCUUACCAGUCUGAUCUUCUGCCGCCCGGUGGUCUGACGUUCGAAGCAUUUCAAAACGACAAGCUCCUACGCGGCUACUACGAGAAUUUCGUCAAUCCCGUCGAUGAAGAUGGCAUAUCUCUCCACGACAAAGGUCUCCGAACAGAGAAAGCGAUUGCUCUGCGAAAGGCAGAGGCAUACAAUGAGGCGCAAUUGCAGGACUUGGACUGGGGCAUGCUCGAUUUGAAGAGCGUCGGGCGAACCCCGGUGAAGGCCAGCGGGGCCCCCAAAACUACUCGAGUAACAGGACAGGUCAAGCCUCGAGACACAGCACGUCGUGGGCGGUUGUCGACAACGAGAUCGACAACAGCUGAUAGGAGAAACCCUCCGCCAUCUAUUGUACGCAAGCAGCCCAUGAGCACUGCAGCCCCGCUCCGGACCUUACCCAGGAAAGCCUGGAGACCGUUGGGAAACAACGGGCGCGGUGGCCCAAAAUUGUCUGCUCACGAGGACCGAGCUCGAAUUGACGCCCCUGUCAAGUCAGCGAUAACGACAACGUUGGAGCAUAUCAGAGAUACAAGAGAUGAAGCAUCAUCGGCUGCUCCAUAUGGGCGUAUCCGGCGCGCGGCUCUCCGCUCCGGCACAUCCAUCACCUCCGACAAAUCGGAGAAGAACAAUGCUUCAGCGUCCACAGCAUCUAAUUCCACUGCUCCGCGCAGAAACGGUGCAGUCUCAGUACUUGAUUUCGCUUUCCUGAACGUUGCCGACUCGGAGAGUGACGACGGUGGGGUGUUACCUGGUAAUGAGCUCCUUGUCCUAGACGAGGAAGAAGACUUUCAACUGCAGCCCAUCGCGUAAGUCGAAAGCUUGAACAGUUGUCGCGCGAUUGUUCGGGCAUGGCACUGCGUGAUGAGAUUUACCACAUUUUGGUCAUUCGUCUAGAAGCCGCUUCAAGCGGCAAGCGUUAGUAGCGUCACCCAAAAUAAUAUUGAAGCUAGCUCAUGCGACAAUGAAGAACCAUUUUUGUGUCUCCUAAAGAGAUUCUCAAGUUGUCCAA